UGAAGGACUUCUCGAGCCUGUGCCUUCACCUGACUGUGGAGUGCGUGGACCGGUACCUGCGGAGGCGGCUGGUGCCCCGGUACAGGCUCCAGCUGCUGGGCAUCGCCUGCAUGGUCAUCUGCACCCGGUUCAUCAGCAAAGAGAUCCUGACGAUCCGGGAGGCUGUGUGGCUCACAGACAACACGUACAAAUACGAGGACCUGGUGAGGAUGAUGGGAGAGAUCAUCUCUGCCUUGGAAGGGAAGAUUCGAGUCCCCACUGUGGUCGAUUACAAGGACGUCCUGCUGACGCUGGUCCCCAUGGCGCCAAGAACCCAGCACCUGUGCAGCUUCCUCUGUGAGCUCUCCCUGCUGCACACCAGCCUGGCUGCCUAUGCCCCGGCCCACCUGGCUGCAGCCGCCCUGCUCCUGGCGAGGCUGACACACAGGCAGACACAGCCCUGGACCACUCGGUUAUGGGACCUCACUGGGUUCUCCUGUGAAGACCUCAUCCCCUGUGUCUUAAGCCUUCAUCAAAAGUGCUUCCAUGACGAUGCCCCCAAGGACUACAGGCAGGUCUCUCUCACCGCCGUGAAGCAGCGAUUCGAGGACAAGCAAUACGAAGAGAUCAGCCAGGAAGAGGUGCUGGUGCUGAGCUACGGCCAGUUGUGUGCAACUCUAGGGGUGAAACAAGAGAGCCCAGAACCUGCGUCUUUUCUCAGCACAGGGGACAUUCACACCUUCCUCAGCUCUCCCUCUGGAAGGAGAACCAAGCGGAAACGGGAGAACAGCCUCCAGGAGGACAGGGGCAGCUUCGUCACCACGCCGACCGCAGAGCUGUCCAGCCAGGAGGAGACACUGCUGGGCAGCUUCCUGGACUGGAGCCUGGACUACUGCUCCGGCUAUGAGGGCGACCAAGAGAGCGAGGGCGAGAAGGAGGGCGAUGUGACUGCUCCCAGCGGUGUCCUCGAUGUCACUGUGGUCUACCUGAACCCGGAACAGCACUGCUGCCAGGAAUCAAGCGAUGAAGAGGCCUGCCCGGAGGAGGAGGGGCGUCAGGACACACAGGCGUCAGCACCAGGCAGCCAGACGCCUUGGACCCCAGGGCUCGAGCGCCCUCUGUGCAGCAGGAGGGGUCCAGGCAAGGACAUAACGACCUCAGGGUACUCCUCUGUCAGCAGCACGAGUCCCACAAACUCUGCAGACGGCUUGGGGGGCCUUCCCCGAUCUACCUCAGUACUGUCCCCGGGCAGUGACUUGAACACACAGCCUUGCCAUCAUCACGCGAGGAAGUCGUGUGUACAGUGUCGUCCCCCAAGCCCCCCGGAGAGCUGUGCUCCCCAGCAACAGGUGAAGAGGAAAAACCUGUCCACCCACAAUGAGGAGGAAGAGGACAUGAACUUGGGCUUUUUGAAGCUAGAAUCUCAUUUUAGUCAGAAUGCUGUCAGCCUCCCCGCACUAGCACCUUCCUAUCAGCAACUGUGAAAUGGACACCUCGCCAACUUGAAACAACCCCUCCCAGGUUUGUCACCCGUCCUGCUCUCCCCUGAGAUUUCUUGGCCCCUGAGGGGUUGGCAUUCAUCUGUUUUUCCUGUUAUCUCCAAUUACAGUGGACCCUGCUGCCUGCACCACUCCUCCCAGCCAGCAUCUGUCCCCACAAUCCCUCCUCGCCAGGUCUCUCCUGAUUCUCUGAAGGCCCCGUUCCCCCAUCCUGCAGACAUUCCCUCCUGGGAUAGCCUCCUGUGG